CGUGGGACUAAUAGUAUUGUGUUAUUUAUGUAGAGUUGUUGGUACGUGCCUAACCUCAAAAAUUAAAUCUUAUUACAAACACGUGUUAAUAAAUCAGCACUUGUUGCAUUUCUUAUUUAUACGCGUAUAAAUUGUAAAUUGAUAAAUAAUCAGUAUUUAUACUUAAAACAGUCAAAAUGAAUACGAAAAUGGGCUUGACAAAACAAUAUCUAAGAUAUGUUCCAUCCAGUAACGUGAAUAUAAUAGCAAGUUCCCGGUGCAACGUGAUUUUUGUGGAAUUAGAAGGACAAGAAGGUAGAUUCGUAGCAACAGGAGCAUGCGAACAUAUUAUUAUUUGGGAUUUAAGAUUAAACGAAAAAGUACGAGUUUUAACUGGAGAAAAAACAAUAGUCACACGUUUAGCUGGUUCGCCAAAUAAGCAAUAUAUUGCUGCUGGUUAUGAGGAUGGCGUUAUUAAGAUAUUUGAUCUUAAAUCUGAAGAGGAUGUUAGUAUAUUUGCUGGACAUCGUUCUGAAAUAACAUCUUUAUCAUAUGAUACUUUAGGCUAUAGAUUAGCAUCUGGAUCCAAGGAUACAGACAUAAUAAUCUGGGAUGUAGUAGAUGAGACAGGAAUAUGUCGGUUGAAAGGACAUAAAGAUAUCGUGACUAAAGUUAUUUUUAUGUCUAAACAAAAUAUAGUUAUUAGUUCCAGUAAAGAUACAUUAGUGAAAUUUUGGGAUUUAGAUACAGAACAUAACUUUCGAACCCUCGUAGGUCAUAGAUCAGAGGUCUGGAGUCUUGCAUUAACAAAAAAUAAUCAAUAUUUAAUUACUGGAUGUCGUGAUAAUGAACUACGUCUAUGGAAAUUGUUUUUCGUUGAUACAGAAAUUACUGAAUGUGAUAUUAAUGUAGAUACUUCGAAUAUCAAUGAAGACGAAACCACAGACAUGCAAAAAUAUCCUUUAAGAUAUAGUUUUGUUGGAAGUAUUUUAAGAAGUUCUAAAGGAAGAGUUGUUUCUCUUGAAGUUGAUCCAUCGGAAACAAUACUUGCUUGUUACGGAACAAACGAUACAGUAGAAUUAUUUCAUUUCUUACAAGAAAGUAAAGUAAAAGAAAAUAUGUCAAAAAAACUGAUAAAAAAAAUAAAGAAGGCAUCUGAGAAUACAGAUGAAGUAAAUACUCAAUUUCUUAAUACAGUAACUUUAAGGGAUGAAAUCAAACGCCUACCCCAUAUCAAAGUAUCUGAUAAAGUUAAAGGAUUAGAUAUGGUUAUGGGUAAAGGAGGAGAACUAAGGAUUUGCAUUGGAGUCGAUGAUAACUCUCUCGAUUUAUAUUCUUUACAAAUAGAAGAAAGAGAAGCAGAAGCAAAACGUUUACGAUCUAUAAAAGCUCAUGGACAUCGCACAGAUGUUAAAGUUGUAUGUUUCAGUUCUGAUGGUCUAGCCUUCGCCACAGCAAGUGGUGAUUCUAUUAAAUUGUGGAAUAGAUCUUCUUUAGCUUGUAUACAUACUAUAGAAUGUGGACCAGCUUUAACAGCAACUUUUGCACCUGGUGACCGAUAUUUGAUAGUAGGAUUAAAAUGUGGUAAAAUGCUUAUCGUUCACUUGUUGUCAGGUGAAAUUUUAGAAAAAGUACCAGCGCAUACUGGGGCUCUUAGGAGUGUUAUUUUAUACCCGGAUAUGAACGGAGUUGUAAGUGGCGGUGAUGAUAAAAAUGUACAAUUUUGGAAUUUUGAAAUUUUUGCUGAUAUUGAUAGACCAACAGAACCACAAAUUUUAUCUGUGACACAUACAAGAACUCUUAAAUUAGAGGAGUGUGUAUUGUGUGUAAGGAUAAGUCCGAAUAAUAAAUUUCUUGCAGUGUCUUUAUUGGAUCUCACUGUAAAGAUAUUCUUUUUGGAUACAUUUAAGUUUAUCAUAUCACUUUAUGGUCAUAGCCAACCAGUUUUAUGCAUGGAUAUAUCUAGCGAUUCUACUCUUAUCGCAACAGGUUCUUCUGAUCGUAAUGUUAAAAUUUGGGGUUUGGAUCAUGGAAAUUGUCAUAAAUCAAUAUUUGUACACGAUAAUUCCGUGACAGGACUUGCAUUCGUUCCCAAUACUCAUUAUUUUUUUACUUGUGGUAAAGAUGGUAAAGUUAAACAAUGGGAUGCUGACAUAUAUAAAAAUAUCGC